UAAAGGGAACCCCGAUUAUUAAGACAAAUAGGCCUAAAUAUGCUACAAUUGCUCUCUCCUACAAAAUGCAUAAUUAUAAGUACAUAAAAUAUUUUCGUUAUUUAAAAAAUCCUCACAGUGUUUUACGGAAUCUGAGCUGUGAAGGCAGCCAUUAUUUUCGCGCGCGCAGUGCAUUCUGGGUCGAUGACGUGUAUUGGUUGCGUUCAGAACAGAGGGGUAAGCUGUAAACAGUAGCUACAUCCUAAACGUGUAUACGAUGCCACAUUGUGCAGCGUUUGGUUGCAAUUUUCAAUCCAAAGGAAAUAAGGGGAGUGAUGUAAGCCUCCACUGCUUUCCAAAGGAGAAACAAAUACGAAAAGAGUGGGAAGUUGCUUGUGGACGAGUACAUCUUCCUAAAGACGCGCGGCUGUGUUCCCGUCACUUCAGCCCUGAUGCAUUUGACGCAUUUAGCCGGCUAAAAGAGUUCACAGGUGCAGCUGGUUACAAGCGAAGGCUAAAAUCAAAUGCCGUGCCUUCAAUUUUCCCCCACAAGGGGCCUAAAUAUCGGCGCGUAGCGAGUGAAAACCGCGCUAACAAGCGUCAAAGGCAAGAGACUCUGGACAAUCUCCUGCUAGGAUGUAAACAAACCGCUACGGUCGUCGCGGAAGACGAAUCAUUGGACACUACGCCGAUCAUGGAGGUAACUGACAAUCCACCAGAUGCUCGGAAUUAUUUCAUAAAUGUAGGUGUACAGUGUUCUCCUAUUAUGAACGAUGCAGCAACGCAGACGGAUGUUAACCAGUCGGAUGCAGCGGUACAGUGGUCAGCUGACGUGGACUACGCGGUAAAAAAUGACCAUACUUACACAGGUAAACAUGAAAUUGAGUUGAGCAAACGUGUACAGGAGGAUGAUAUUGACAACUCCCAGGAUCUGUUCAUCUCAGACGAUGAACUUAGUGAACAGAGUCAACCACAGCACAGUCACUCUGAUCCGGAAUACAGUGCAAGAUCAUCUGAGUUUUCUCAAAGCACCCAGGGAUCACAAGCUUCAACUAACACGCAUAGAGAAAAUAGGCUUUUUCUAGUUUUUGAGGAACAAUUAAACCAAUUGCUUCAGCGUUGUGUAAAGUGUGGCUCCCUGAUUGUCCAGGAAGAAGUAAAAGAGCUAAAAAAUGAAGGAUCACAGUUGACACUAGAGCUCACGUGUGCUAACAGCUGUAGUUACAGAUGGCAGUCUCAGCCUACUCUGAGUGGGACUAAAGGGACAGGAAACCUGCUUUUAACAGCAUCAGUUUUCUUCAGUGGCAUUCAUUUUGCUAAAUUUGAACGUUUCUGUAGUAACAUGAAUCUCAAAACAAUAAGUGAAGACACAUACACAUCACUGAGGAAGAAGUUUGUGUUUCCUGUUGUUGAAAAAACAUGGAUUAAAGAGCAGAGUACAGUGUUAACUAACAUGAAAUCACAAGAAGUUGUUGAAGUCUGUGGAGAUGGCCGGUGUGACUCUCCGGGGCACUCAGCCAAAUACUGUACAUACACUUUUUUAGAUGCACAGAGUGAAAGGGUUGUGGACUUCAAGGUAAUAAGCUGCACUCAAGUUUCGAGCUCUAAUACCAUGGAAAUAAAAGGUUUUAAAGAUGCUCUCAAAACCAUAGAAGACAAUGGAGUGAAGGUCUCAACCAUCUCCACUGACAGACAUCCACAAAUUGUCAAAGAAAUGAGGAUCAAUAAUCCAGAAAAAUGCCAUCAAUUUGACCCUUGGCAUGUGGCGAAAGGAGUGUCCAAAAAAUUGGCAACUGAAGCUAAGAGAAGGGAAUGUGAAGGCCUGGGACAAUGGAUUCCAUCUAUUAUAAAUCAUUUGUGGUGGAGUGCACAAACUUGUGAGGGUAAUGCUGAAGUGUUGAAAGAGAAAUGGAUAUCUGUAAUACACCAUGUUACCAACCGACACGACUGGCCAGGGAACAGGCACUAUCACCAAUGUGCUCAUGAGCCCCUUGAUGAGAUGAACCAGAGAAGUAAGCUUUGGUUAAAGCCAGGAUCUGAAGCCCACAAUGCACUUGUGAAGGUUGUGAAACACACGCGGCUUUUGAAAGACCUGGAUCAUCUGACAAAGUGCAUCCACACAACAAAACUAGAGGUAUAUCACUCCAUGUACCUGAAAUACCUCCCAAAGAGAACACAUUUUGGAUAUGAUGUGAUGAUCCAUGCCUCCAUGCUUGCUGCUCUAGAUCAUAACAACAAUGUGAACAGGGAACAGGCUGUUCUUCAAGAUGGGGAGAGUGUUGGUGAACCUAAGUUCAAAAUCUCAUGGAGCAAAGUCCACAAGACAUUCAGAGCAAGACCAGUGCCUGUUGAAAAGAACUACAGCUACAUGACAGUUAUGAUUGCAGAUGUUCUCUCCUCUGUGUUGGAUUCAAAACAAGUCAUGGACAUGAGAGUUAAUCCAACACACGUCAUCAUGGCUCCACAAGACAGACUACCCAGAUCACAGAUCAUUUUUCAAACACAGCAGUUUUCACGUUUUAAGUAGCUGCAUCAUUAUGAACACAUGACGUACACACCAGCAUAGUUGAAAUGUACAAUAUGUUUUAUUUUGAAUUCUACUGAAGCACACAUAGUACUUUAAACAAACAUUUACCGGUAUUUAUAAUUGGAGUACAUGCAACAUUUUUAUUUAAACACUACACAUUUGGUAUGAUUCGCUCUUUUGUUGCAAGCAUAGCUUGUGCUCUUGCCAAAAGGCAUUGAAAUGUAAACUAUCCAGCUAUAUGUUAUUAAAAUUCCUCCAUGCCUCAUCUACUUCUGCAUUAUCAUUGUCUUCAUUUUCAAACCCUGUAUAAAUUCCAUUCGGUUCAGAGUAGACGUUUCUUAUUUUGUUAACCGCACAUGAUGGAAUGACUCUGCGUACUCUUCUCCCUAGCCAGCCAUGCAUCCACCAUGUAAACUGACGAUAUGCAGCAUAUCUGU